UUCGUCUCGACCGCGCUACGUCGUCGGCUGAGGGAGAUGUGUGGGUGCACGUGGUAGUUAGUGUGCGAUAAGAGAGGCGCGAGUUGGCUGCCAUGAUCCCAGCUAGUCAGAGACCAGACGGUACAUGGAGAAAGGCGCGCAAAAUUCGGGCAGGAUUUAGCUCGACAUCCGGAGGGGCUACCCGCUACGUUCCGCCAGCGUUCCGAACCCCCACGGGUGGUGGUGACGGCGGCCACCCAGCAGCAGGCCACACCCGAUCACUGGGCGAAAUCGACGCAGGCGAGGGCAGGCGCAGCACACCGCGAUUCCUGAGCGCAGCACUCUUCCUGCUGACGGCAGCGUCCGGAUCCGCUGAGACGAGGAGGGUUGGAGGGGGGCAAGGACAAGAAGAGGAGACAGGUGGAAGCGGCGCUUUCGAAACGGAUCGCCGCCGCGUCGCGGUGCUCAGCUUGCCGCUCCGCUCCGCCGCGCUAGCGGCCCAAGAACACCUCGAGUGCGAGAGCUUCCGUCAGCUCUCUCCACGACAACCCGGUGGUCUUGGCGAUGCCGCCGCUGCUGAGGCUACCCCGGACCCUACUGCUGCUGCUGCCGCUGCUGCUGACGUAGCGAGCGGUCGCGACAAGUCUAGAAGCGGUGCCGACAGGACGGGUGGUAGCAACGAGAGCGGCAACGACGACCCGCGGCAAGAACCGGGGAGUCGCGACAUCGGGAUGAGCGACGAUGAUUGGUGGACCAGGCUACGGCUGUUCCAGCGGAGCAGCCGGCUCGCGAGAGAGAGCUCCGAGAGCGAGGACCGGGCAACCACCACGAAGAAGGAAGAAGAAGAAAAGCCUAUCGGAGAAGACGGUGCUUGGGUCGGACUCGAGCUCCGACUGCGGCCGAGCGACGUCUCGCAUGACGAAGGCCAGGCCGCGAUCGUCGACUUCUUGAAAGGGAGGGUCGGGGACCAGGCAGUCCCGGGAGGGGGGAGGGAAGGCGCCCCGCAGCCUGCAGAAGAUUCGCGGGGACCCUCUGCGCGCGCGGAGGUAGAGCCGCCUCGCGCGCCCGCAGCGGCGAAGAGCCCAACAGGAGGGGAAGGAGGAGGAGGGGGAGGAGGAGGACCGAGGGAACUCGACAGCAAUCCCGAGCACGAGAGAAGGGCACCAGAAGGCGGUGGCGAUGGUGGAGCAGAUGGGGCGGCGGCGGCGGCAGUCGGCGCCAGCGUAUCGCUGCCGCAGCAGCCGGAGGACGACGACCAUCUCCGCCGAGCAGAAGGAGGAGGAGGAGAAGCGUCGACGGUCCUGGUGGCCGUGCUUGUGUUCGGCGCGGAGCUCUCGAAGCGGGACCGCGCGGGUCUGCACGGCCAGGCCGAGAAGGCCGGCGGGGUCACGAGCGCCAGCCACGGGGUGGGGGAGGGGAGAUUCUUGGCCCUCGCUUGCCGGCUCGGGGGAAGGGCAGGGGCCGUUGAGCUCGAGCUUUCUCCGGAAAAGGCGGAGUUGGCAAGGAGCCUGUUUCGACUCGCUCAGCAGGAGUACCAUUCUCGGUUCGAGUGCUUGAGCCACCGGGAGAUCAGAGAGGUUGUCGCCGAAGGAGGCCCUACCGCCGACGCCCACCCGGACCUCUUCAAGCUCCUUGAAAAGAAGCAGCAGCCGAGACAGAGACAGCGACAACAACAACGACCACCAGAAGGCGGUUUUACCGACCGACUGAAACAACACCGCCAAGAAGGCCGCAGGCGAUGAGACUGGGGCAACGGGGGCGUUUUCCCGGGAGGAGUCGUCGGAAGCUUCUUCCGGGAAACGCGGUGCUACCGCUACCGUUACAGAAGAACCAACCCAGCAACAAGAGCACCAUCAAUGUGGUGGCGGUGGUGGUGGUGCAAAGCCGGCGGCGUUAUCACUACAGGAGAGUGCAAAUUGUGCGAAAGGAGGGGUGGACUUUCCUCCGCGGGGGGGAGACCUCGAGGAGCGAGAGGUGGCGGAGCAAGGGGGGGAGGGGGGCAACAAGCCAUUUCUCCCUGUCGAGAAAUGUCCCUGGUAGAUAAGCGGGCGGGGGCGGCGGGGUGCCUACCUACCUUGAAAGUUGCGGGUCUAUUGUUCACUCUGUCGACGUGUGCGUUGUUUACGUGUGUUUCGGUUCGCGACAGUUUCGGCAGCUGGGGUGGGCUAGAAACAAGCGGAUUGCGCCUCUGCCAUACGCAUAGCCGGCCGUGCGCAUAGCCGUCCGCAUACGGUGCGGGUUGCUGACCGUUUGAGGGUAGUGCGUGCGCAUGCGCUUGCUCCUUGCUGUAACCCCGGGGGUUGUGCUGCUGGUAGUCGCGGAGCGAACUUUUGUGCAUUCGAGACUGCUGUAUAUGUUCACGGAAGAACGUCGCCUCUAGGUUCACGUGUGCGCAUUGCAGAGUUUCGCCGCAGCGUGUUGCCUCAGAGGCUUCGGCGUUCUUCAUCGGUUCAUCCUGAGGGUAUGUUCUCUGGUCAAGGGUGACAACUGCUAUAAAAAUCUUGUGCUAUUCAUGGACGGCAGUCCCGAACGGAGGAAUCGAGCAUUACGUUAAACGAGCGAGGUAUGAUCUCCAUAUAAACGACUAUCGCUGUGCGGAAACGCACAGUACUCGCCGCCCACAGCACCGUUCCAGGAUCAUACACGAGUGGCGCCUUUCGUUUCCAACUCUCUUGUCUGGACGUCCCUGUCCCU